AACAGGAAAUGAUAACCCAUAACAAUGAGAGCAGUACUUCCUCGUCAGAAGAAGUGAGCAGCUCUGAUAACGAGGGUGCUCCAAUGCAAGUUGAUCCGCCUGCAGCAACUGAACUUACACAUAUAGUUGAAUUUGAGGCUUACCCGCCCGCAGAUGAAGAUUGGUCUGGAGUCCGGGCCUUGUUGGACAGCUUGUUUCAGGGAAUUUCAGUUGAUGUUGGCUAUUUCUCACAAACAUUGAUAGACAAUUACAAAGUUGGUACUGUCAUCAAGGGUGCUGACAUUGCAGAGGGUGAAGAUGACCCUGUGUUUGCUGUUGCGUCUCUACUCCCUCUCAGUUUGUUCAAAGACAAGUCUAAAUUUGAUCAGCUUACGUCAUCUCUUCUUGCUAAAUGUGAGAGUGAUGUGUUGGCAAGUGUGGAAAAAUUGUUGAAAUCAAAAGACUCUGCUUUUCUGAUAAAUGCCAAAUUUUCAAAUCUUCCUCUACAGAUUACAGCACAGUUAUACAAAGCUUUAAAAAUGGAACUGAUCACAGAAAGGAAAGAAAAUCCAGAAUACAACGUCAAAAACUUGAUGAUAUUCGGUAAAUCAUAUGUAGAGCCAGAAGAAAGGCGCAACAAAAAAAGCAGAUUAGCAGCUCCUAAAAUUAAAUUUCAGAGUUCAGAACUGGACAGUUUGUCAGAGGUAGCAACUGACUUGAUCUCGUGGAAGAUAAAGGACGAGACGCUGGCUCCUGUCAGCAAUACUCCUUGUGAUAAUGCAUGGCAGGGAUAUAGGAGCAUUCUUGUGAUUCCUAUUGAGAAGUUCCUUAAAAGUGUGGACAAAAUCGUUGAGAAUCUUAGUGCUGAAGUAUGAUGGUUUAAGUUAUAUAGCAGAUUUGUUUUUUCAUUGUCUUUUUAAUGUUUUUAACCUCUUGGGUAACGGAUUGUGUCUAGCAGACUUUUUAUACCUUCUGAUGGAUUUAAGAUUAUUGUGCUCAUUGUUUCGGAAUUCAAUGUGACAGGCAUAAUACAAAGCAGUUUUAGUUGAGGCUUAACUUAUAUAGUAUUUAUUGCUCAGGUUUAUUUAAAACAUUAAUGUUAAAUUGCUGAUAUACUGAAUUCUAACCAUGAAUCUGUA